CCCACCGUGCAGCCACUCAGCAAGGCUUUCAGGAACACCUCCCAUUGGACGAGCCGGAGUAAGUCACAGCGGAUUGACGAUGAUGGUGAUGAUGCGACUACUUGCUGGAAAGACUCAUCCCCUGCUGUCGGAAAACCUUCAAAGUGAGGACGAGCCGGUCGCCGGCGGUCUGUCGCCAGAUUUUGACCGUCCGGUGUCAUCCGCGUCCCCACGUCUUCCGCAGCUGCCGAGUCUCCCGACAGGCCGCUCGCUUGACACGCUGCGGCGUCCACCUGAAACACCGCCAGGCCGCUGUCACGCUUGCUACAUACCGACAGAGCGGCCGUCCGUUGUUCCUCAAGGCUCAGGGGUCGCCACAGCGCGUCAUCCUUUUCCAUGUAAGCCUAUCUCCUGCAUCCUCCUCGCGAACACCAACUGCCAUCAUGUCUUCCCUCACGACAUCCAUCAACCUUCUCUUUGGUCUUCCUCGAGCUCUCUUGCCUGGCAGCUCCAUCCUCAUCAUCCUUCUACCAAUUUACUCACGAUUUCUCCUCUGGACGUGUCCAAACCAUCGAAGUCUGUUCUCUCUAACUUUGUCUCCAAAAGAUCGAACCUCGGUUGUCGCUCUGAUGAGCUCAUUUCUAAUUUGAUCCAACCUGGUCACCCCGAGAGCGAACCUCAACAUCUGCAAUUCCGCCACCUCCAGCUCUGCGUCCUGUUGUCUCUUCAGUGCCACUGUCUCUAAUCCGUACAUCAUGGCUGGCCUCACCACUGUUCUAUAAACUUUGCCCUUCAGCCUAUUAGAGGCUCUUCUGUUACAUAACACACCUGACACCUUCCUCCACCCAUUCCAACCUGCUUGGACCCAUUUCUUCACUUCCUGACCACACUCACCAUUGCUCUGGACGGUUGACCCCAAGUAUUAAAAGUCCUCCACCCUCGCUAUCUCUUCUCCCUGUAGCCUCACUCUUCCCCCACCACCCUUCUCAUUCAUGCACAUAUAUUCUGUCUUACUUCGGCUAAUCUUCAUUCCUCUGCUUUCCAGUGCAUGCCUCCGUCUUUCUAACUGUUCCUCCACCUGCUCCCUGCUUUCACUGCAGAUCACAAUGUCAUCUGCAAACAUCAUGGUCCACGGGGAUUGCAGUCUAAGAUCAUCUGUCAGCCUAUCCAUCACCACUGCAAACAGGAAGGGGCUCAGAGCUGAUCCCUGAUGCAGUCCCACCUCCACCUUAAAUUCCUCUGUCACACCUACAGCACACCUCACCGCUGUUCUGCUGUCCUCGUACAUGUCCUGUAUUAUUCUAACAUACUUCUCUGCCACUCCAGACUUCCACAUGCAGUACCACAGUUCCUCUAGGUGUACUCUGUCAUAGGCUUUCUCUAGAUCUACAUAGACACAAUGUAUCUCCUUCUGACCUUCUGUAGUUUUCCAUCAACAUCCUCAAGGCAAAUAAUGCAUCUGUGGUACUCUUUCUAGGCAUGAAACCAUACUGUUGCUCGCAAAUACUCACUUCUGUCCUGAGUCUAGCCUCCACUACUCUUUCCCAUAACUUCAUUGUGUGGCUCAUCAACUUUAUUCCUCUAUAGUUCCCACAGCUCUGCACAUCACGCUUGUUCUUAAAAAUGGGCACCAGCACACUUUUCCUCCAUUCCUCAGGCAUCUUCUCACACGCUAGAAUUCUACUGAACAAGCUGGUCAAAAACUCCACAGCCACCUCUCCUAGAUGCUUCCAUACCUCCACAGGAAUGUCAUCAAGACCAACUGCCUUUCCAUUUUUCAUCCUCUUUAAUGCCUUUCUAACUUCCCCCUUACUAAUCAUGGCCACUUCCUGGUCCCUGGUUCCUCUUCGACUCUCCUUUCUCUCUCAUUUUCCUCAUUCAUCAACUCCUCGAAGUAUUCUUUCCAUCUAUCUAGCACACUACUGGCACCAGUCAACAUAUUUCCAUCUCUAUCCUUAAUCACCCUAACCUGCUGCACAUCCUUCCCAUCUCUAUCCCUAUGUCUAGUCAGCCUGUAUAGAUCAUUUUCUCCUUCUUUAGUGUCCAACCUGGCAUACAUGUCAUCAUAUGCCUCUUGUUUGGCCUUUGCCACCUCUACCUUUGCCCUAUGUCGGAUCUCAAUGUAUUCCUUUCACCUCUCCUCGGUCCUCUCAGUGUCCCACUUCUUCUUAGCUAACCCUUUUCCUUGUAUGAUUUCCUGUACUGUGAGGUUCCACCACCAAGUCUCCUUCUCUCCUUUCCUGCCAUACACCAAGUACUCUCCUGCCUGCCUCUCUGAUCACCUUGGCUGCAGUGGUCCUGUCUUCUGGAAGCUCCUCCUGUCCACCGAGAGCCUGUCUCACCUCUUCCCGAAAAGCUGCACAACACUCGUCCUGUCUCAGCUUCCACCACAUGGUUCUCUGCUCUGCCUUUGUCUUCCUAAUCUUCCUCCCCACCACCAGAGUCAUUUUACACACCACCAUCCUAUGCUGUCUAGCCACACUCUCUCCUACCACUACUUUACAGUCGGUAAUCUCCUUCAGAUUACAUCGUCUGCACAAGAUGUAAUCCACCUGCGUGCUUCUACCUCCGCUCUUGUAGGUCACCCUAUGUUCCUGCCUCUUCUGCAAAAAAAGUGUUCACUACAGCCAUUUACAUCCUAUUUGCAAAGUCUACCACCAUCUGUUCCUCCAAGUUCCUUUCCUGGAUGUCGUACUUACCCAUCACUUCUUCAUCACCCCUAUUUCCUUCACCAACAUGUCCAUUACAAUCUGCACCAAUCACGACUCUCUCUCUGUCUGGGAUGCUCAGAACUACUUCGUCUAGCUCCUUCCAGAAUUUCUCUUUCACCUCUAGGUCACAUCCUACCUGUAGGGCAUAGCCACUAAUUACACACACAUUAUGCAUAACACCGGGUGUUUCUCUUCCCAUCUACAACAUGGUAAAAUAAUUUCAACCCUGCCCCUAAACUUCUAGCCUUACUGCCUUUCCACCUGGUCUCCUGGACACAUGAUAUAUCAACCUUUCUCCUAAUCAUCAUGUCGACCAACUCCCGAGAUUUUCCUGUCAUAGUCCCAACAUUCAGUUCUAGGCUCUGUGCUUUCCUCUUCUCUUUCUGCCGAAGAACCCACUUUCCACUUCUUCGACCCACAGUAGCUGAAUUUCCACCGGCGCUCUGCAGGUUGAAGGCGCCGGUGGCGGACGUUGUUAACCCGGGCCACGACCGAUCCGGUACGGAAUUCUUUGGAUGAACGCUCAUAUUUGUUUGGCAAAGUUUUAAGCCGGAUGCCCUUCCUGACUUACUAGUACUUUGUAUGACUGUAUAAGAGAGGCUAAUUUAGUAAUACAUUAUUGUUGUUACUGUGUGGCUUUUGAUUCUAGAUUUUCAGUUUUUGGGAAAGUACUAAAACGUGCACAGAAUGUUCAGUAACACACACACACACCACGCGCGCACGCGAAGCUUUCCACUUCUCUCCUUUCAGUCAGUUGCUCUGCAAUGCCCAACGUGAGCCUUAACAAAACAUUCUGUAAAUCAAAAUGUGAAAAUGGAGGGGGGGGGGUGGAAAAGAAAAGGAAGCGUGUUUCCGUAGCUGUCCAAAUUUCCUCUAGUCCUUAAGUUGAUUUCAGACGUUUUGUUUGGUUUUAUUCAUAUUUCUCAUCGGGCAUAUGAGGUCGUCAACAUCAAAAUGGGACGCUUGAGCACGAUGGACAAUGAGCUGUUAUGAACAAGUGAGACGAGAACACGUCUUUUAUUAUUAUUAUCAUUAUUGUUAUUAUUGUAUGUGUUUAAAAGAAAAAAAAAGAAAUGGCAAUUUGAAAAGCAGUUUGUGAAUAA